CAACUGAACGCAGCGCAGAUCUGCCUCCAUUUUGUGUCGGUCGGUCCGUUUCCGGGUUUCCGAGAAGGGACCGAUAAAACGGUUUCAACGGGGGAAUAUGGCUCUGCUUGCAGGUCAGGAGUGCGGGUAAAGUUUUCCGUAGCUGCCUGAAACUGUUAAAAGUGACUCUUAAACGCGUCCAGCAGUUCGUUUUGUGCGCUACGUUUCCGCAAAGAGCUCUCGUUGACAGAGUUUACAGCCAGCCGGACUGCGCUGACACUGACAGCUGGAGAGUAAACAGCUCGAUGCUAACCAGCUAACUGCGGCUAGCUCCACGGUAACCGCCACUAGCAAGCUAACGUUAGCCGGCUAACCUGCGAGUGUUUUUUGGUGGCGUUAAGUUACAUCACCAGGACUUGCCAGCACCAUCCACCCUCCCAUCCUUAUUUUUUAUUCUGCCCCGACGAAGGAUUGCCACAACAGCACUUUCCAUUCAUGUUGUUUUUGAGGACGAGACUAUCGAACCUCCUCUUCUUCGAGCCAGGGAGUCAGUGUGUGUCGCCCCAGCUGAGACGGUGAAGACACCUGGUCCUUACCCCACACAGAGCAGUGCCAACAGAGGGACAGGAUGCCUAUUCCUCCCCCUCCCCCUCCUCCCCCAGGACCCCCGCCUCCCCCCACCUUCAAUGAGGCAAACACGGCUCCUCCCAAACUGAGGUCGUCCGAGACUAAAGGCAGAGGAGCGCUGCUGUCGGACAUCUGCAAAGGCGCCAAGCUAAAGAAGGUCACUGUGAUCAAUGACCGGAGCAGUCCGGUUAUAGAGAAAUCAGGAGGAGGCGGAGGCGGAGGUGGAGGAGGCGGCGGCGGCGGCGGAGGCGGUGGAGGUUUUGGAGGCGGGGGGCCAAUGGGAAUGGGAGGCCUUUUCCAAGGAGGUGUGCCAAAAUUACGCCCAGUUGGAGAUGGUUCAGCCGGCGGUUCGGUGGGCAGGUCCGCCUUGAGGCCCCCGGGGUUCCGGCCUGCAGCCCCUCGCCCCCCCACAGGCCGCUCCACCUCGCCCUCCUCGCCCAACAAACCCUCUCCGCCAGAGCACCAGCGCUCCCACCGCCCCUCGCUCCCUGACAUCUCCCGCCCCUCCAGCAGCAGCAGCAGCUCCUCCACAGGCAGCGGGAUGAAGCACAGCACCUCCGCCCCACCUCCUCCUCCACCCUUCAACAGAGGCGGCCGUGGCAACGCUCCGCCUACCCCCAAUCAGAAAGCACCUGCUCCACCCUCCUCAUCCUCCUCUCACAGCAGAGAGAAACCCCUCCCACCGACGCCCAACAGAGGCCACACCCCUCCCAGCUCCGUGAAGCCGCCUCCGUCUUCCAGCAGACCACCCACUGGCGGCUCCUCCGCUCCUCCACCUCCCCCGCCAUACAGACCGCAGACGUCGGGCGGCGUCUCCAACGGGCCGUCCCAAGUAGACGGGGGUGGGGCUCCGGAGCUACCACAGAGGCACAACUCUCUGCACAAAAAACACACAUCAGGAGGCGGCAGCCAAGGACGCAGCCACGCUCCUCCGCCUCCUCCUUCACCGUCUCCAUCCUCCCAGCAGGGCAGCAGACCACCACCACCUGCCAGAGAGCCACCUGGGCGCAGAGCAGCUCCCCAGGUGCCCCCUCUUGGGUCUCGUAACGGCGGUCGGGACGCCCCUCCUCCCCCGCCCCCAUACCGCAUCCACAGCUCUGUGACCUCAGAGACCCACAGCCGAAUGAGCAAACCACCUCCACCUCCCUCCUCUUCCUCCGUCUCAUCCUCCUCCUCUUCCUCCUCCCGAACCCCGGCUGGACCCCCUCCACCGCCCCCGCCCAUCCGGAACGGCCACUCCUCCAUCUCCUCCUCCAAGUCCAUCAUAGAUGAUUUUGAAUCCAAGUUCAACUUCCACCCGAUUGAAGACCUUCCACCUCCAGAGGAGUACAGACAUUUCAACAAGGUCUACCCCAGCAAAACCAACAAGGCCAUGAUGAGAGGAGCUCCUCCAGCACCGCCGGUGGGGAGGUGAACAACUGACCUCAGCUCAGGACUUGAACUCUCAGUCAGCCGAUUCGAUGGACGGUCGGAGGGUGGUGGUGGUGGUGGGAGGAGGAGAGGGGAGGGGAUGGGGGGUUGGUGAAGAAGCACUCAAAUCACAAACACACUACAACACAAACACACUAACACUAUAAACCACCUGCUGGAAGCACAGCGGCACCACGACAGGUUUGACGCUGCUCGCCGGUCACCUUCUGUCUCUGCAC